GGUAUCAGACAGGGCCUGGUAGUUCUGGCAAUAAACCUGAUUUCAAGAUGUCAGAGGAAGAUGAUUCUAUUCUGAAUGUUAAAAGAUCUCUGAGAAAGACAAUGGUGAAACACAGCACCCCAGUGGAUUCAAUGCUUUCAAGAACAAAUCCAUCUCUUACAGAUUUGACAAAUCAGUCAAUCAAGGACCAAGAUGCCACAAAGAGAGUUUAUGAAUCUCCUACACCAAAACUAAAUCGAAGUAGAUCAAUAUCUCAAGUAUCAUUAGUACGUGUUGAUGCAUACUUCCCUCAUGCAUCCCCAAGAAGGCUUUCAACAGCAUUUGAUUUGCAAGAACAAAGUAAAGAGAAAAGCCAAAGCUCUCGGCUUGUGUUUUCUAGAAGGAGGCUUUCCACUGUGUUGGCCUCUGAUGAAUCAAAUCAAGAGCCACCUCACAAGGUUGUCCCAAACAUAGAAACUCAAGCUACCACCAGAGCACCUGUGGAUGCUGCAGUAACUCCUAAGAGUGGACCUUCAUGGCUUGUUUCUGGACUACCAGGGAUAAAAGAUCCCCCGGUAGCAAAACCCAAAAAGAAGAAAAUUGACAAAGCUCUUCAGAGAAAGAAAGAAAGAGAAUGGCUGCUUCGUCAACUUAGAAACAUUGAGGAGGCAGUUAAACAUGAGCUGACAAUUGAAUAAGCUUGAAUGAGCAACUUGUGGGAUAACUGCUGUCACAUCCAUCAUUUGGAUGCGUUGUUUGAAUGCAAGU